GCAGACGCAAGACUUUGAUCCUCCGAACCACCAACCUUACGCCUCACAACCUCAACGCGCUCAUCACACUUACCACACAAAAUGGCCAAGAAAGCCAAGUCCCGUACCAUCACCGUCCGUCUCAUCUCGAUGGCCAUGACUGGCUUUUACCGCACAAUGGUCCGGCCGCGUACGCACCGUCCGCUCAGCAUGCUCAAAUACGAUCCCGUCGUGAAGAAGCAGGUCCUCUUCCUGGAGGCGACCAAGGGUGGUCGGAACAAAUAAAGUGGUUCGUCGGCUCCACGGAAGCUCUCGCUGCCGUCAAGCGGCGUCUCGCGCAUCAUUCGACGGUUGGUUCGUCUUCGUCGCAACACUCCCAAAACAGAUCUCGGCCUGGACAAAUCCCUGAUAUCGUUUCCUCGCUUCAUUGUUAUCGAUUCGCGGAGAACAUCGGAACAACCAACACGGCCACCACCUCGAUGCAGCGAGCCGAGCUCUCUCCAACUUUUGAAGAUAUGAUCAUGUAUAUUAUACAGCGCAACAGCUAAGACUUCACAUUGUGGGAUGCACUUAACAUCUCCAUGUAUGUUAAAGCUGUCUGCUUUUCUUGUGUUGCAUUCUGGCGUUUUAGAGCAGUACAAUCUGGGUCCAUCAUCGUUCAAUAUAUCACAAACUACUUCACAAACUCCU